AUGGCAAACACCGAACCCACCGAAUACACGCUGACGCCAGAGCUGUACGUUAACGUAACUGCGGCGAAAUGGUUUUCCACAUCUGCCGAUGUGCUGCGCUCCGUCCAAGGGUCGUUCCCAAGCGGCCCGACCGAGGACCAGCAGUUCCUGGACCUUGGUUGCGGCCCCGGGAACAUCACGCGCGACGUGCUCCUGCCCCAGUGCCCACCUUGCCGAAGACUCGUCGCCGUCGACUCGUCCGAGGACAUGCUGAAAUAUGCGAGGGAGCGUUUCUCCCACCCCAAGAUCGUCUACGACACCCUCGACAUUGUGUCUGACGACCUGUCAGAAUUCGUGGGGCGGUACGGCCUCUUCGACCGCGUCUACGCGCUCCACCUCCUCAACUGGCUGAAGGACCAGGAGCAGGCGCUCAAGAACAUCGCCAAGCUGAUGAAGCCGGGAGGAGAGGCACUCUUUACUUUCAGCGCCAGCACCCCGCAGAUGAGAUUUCGUAAGAAGUUGGCCGGAAUGCCGCGCUGGAGCAAGUACGCAAAGAUCUGCGAAAAUUGCACUCCUCCAACAGUGGGCCUUGCUGGGAAAGAGGCCCUCGUCUCUUAUAUAACUGGCAUUCUAAAAAACGCCAACUUUACUUUGUCCAUGUGCGAAGUCCCAAGUGGCCCAUACGAGCUCCAUGGAGACCUGGAGCACUUAAUCCAGGACCUGCUGGCCACAAACCCCAUAAGGGCGUUUCUGACAAAGGAAGAAGAGUUGCUCCUUCUCCAAGACGCCACCGAAGAAGCAAAGCGACUGUGGGCAGGGAAAGACACCGACGCUUCACUCUUGGCGGUCAGCGCCUAUGUGGUCCGCGCCUCUAAACCUAAACUCUGA